AUGGAUUCGAAGGCAAAAGUAGUAUAUACAGAUACACUGGAACACAAGAAACCGUAUUUUGAAAGGACAAUAAAGCACAAGAAAUCAUUUUUCCUACGUUGUGUUGUGAUGUUAGCCUCGCUGCUAACUUUCUAUGUACUACUAACAUUCUAUCAUCAGCUGAAACAAGCGAGUCAACUACUGUUGGAAAUUAAACGACAAAGCGUAGCUUUAAACACAAACAAUACUUUACAAUGGCGGGAGAAUAUCAAACCAGACAAGAUUAAGGAUAACACAAAUUCUGAGAUAGAGUUUGACAACAAUAUAUUCGAUAGAAUUCUAGAUUUUGCCAAAGCGCACAAUGAUAGCCAGUUCAGCGAAGACGACUUAGGCCAAGCGAUUCGAAGACGCUUUCAAGAAAAUGUCUACAUGAUAAGAAAACGCUUUUACGAAUCGCAUCAGUCGAAACGGCUCGAACCGAACGCUGUACCAGAGAGCACGCAAGGUGUAGAAAGGAACACGGAAGAUGUGCAAAAGAACACGAACGCUUUACAAGGGAACACGCGAAAUUCUGCUUUUUUUAACUUGGCAAAGUUUGACAGCAAAAUUCCACAAAUUUCGGAUAUUGAAAAUCCCGAAAUCCUGCAGGCAACCCGCGUGGAGAAUCCGCAAAUCUCGCGUGGAGCUCGCGUGGUUCCACGUUUCGCGCGCGACACCCACGCGGAGGUACAAAACAGGGACGAGGAAAUUGUCGAGGAAAGUUCAAGUAUCUCGCGCGAAACUCGCGUGAAGGACACGAAUUCCACACGUGGGACACACGAAGCUCGCGUGGAGAACUCAAAGGUAGCUCACGAAACAGGAGCAAACGUAAUUAUCGUAGCUUACCAUCGCUCAGGCUCGUCGUUUUUGGGAGAGAUGUUCAACCGCAACACAGACGCUUUCUAUCUGUUCGAACCGAUACACACCAUCGACUCGUUUCUCGACGCUCGCCGACGAUUUCCGAUACUUUACGACACGCUAAUUCGGAAUUUGUUAGACACUAUAUUCAGAUGUGAUUUUGCGAAGCAUCCAUUGUUUGUGAACACUUUAACAAGUUCGGCAUUUAGGCCAAAAAGUCAGGCGUUGACGUCAGACGGACUUUGUGACCCGCGAGCAGACUCGAAUAAAAUGCAUUUAUGUCGACGAAUAAACGCUACCCUACUCACGAAAUUAUGUAGUUCCAGGGCCCACACGGUCGUAAAAACGAUUCGCAUGGCACACUGGGGCAAUCUCGAUUUCCUUACUGAUUCCUUGCGUACUUCGUUUAAGGUAAUUCAUCUGGUUCGCGAUCCGCGCGGGAUCAUCACGUCACGCGUAUCGUGGCUUCUCGAACGCAUCGCGAGGGACAAAAAUUCUACAUCUCGCGAAAAAAUUGCCGUUCGCUCGGCCAUUGCGAAAUACGUAGGCAUUAUAUCCGUCAAUUUAUGCCAGCAAAUGGCGAACGACAUAAAUGACUGGACAAAAAGAGCGAAAAUUGGUCGGCCUUAUGCAAUGGUUCGAUAUGAGGACAUCUCAAGACAACCUCUGACCGUUUAUAAACAAAUCUCCGAGUUCGCGGGCGUCGCCCAAUCCAAGGCCGUGAUUGGUUGGUUGGAGAACAAUACAAAAUCUUCGGACUUAAAUUAUUACUCGACUACGCGAAAUUCUUCCGCUGUACCACAUAUGUGGCGUCGCAGGCUCACGAUGGAGCUGGUAUCUGAAAUUCAAAGGAACUGCGCACAAGUGAUGAGAAUUCUGGGAUACAAAUUGGUGAACAGUGAAAAGGAAUUGAGGAACAUGAGGGUACCUUUGCUGGUAGACUGGGGAAAUAAGGGUUUGCUUAGGACAAAGCCUUAUAUAUAG